GCUGCCGCCGUACUAGAAAUAUGGGGUCGGAAAACCCAAGUCCGCAGAACCCUGGCUGCAAGAUCAUGACCUUUCGUCCCACCCUUGAGGAGUUUCGGGACUUUGGGAAAUACAUCGCUUACAUUGAAUCGCAGGGAGCUCACCGAGCAGGGCUUGCCAAGGUGAUUCCUCCCAAGGAGUGGAAGCCCCGAAAAACCUACGAUGACAUAGAUGACAUGGUUAUCCCAGCUCCUAUUCAGCAGGUGGUUACUGGACAGUCAGGGUUAUUCACCCAAUAUAAUAUACAGAAGAAACCCAUGACUGUGGGAGAAUACCGGCGUCUGGCUAAUAGCGAGAAGUAUUGUACUCCACGCCAUCAAGAUUUUGAAGACUUGGAGCGCAAGUACUGGAAGAACCUCACGUUUGUCUCACCAAUUUAUGGGGCUGAUAUCAGUGGCUCACUGUAUGAUGCAGAUGUGGCAGAAUGGAAUAUUGGCAAUCUGAACACCCUCUUAGACAUGGUGGAACAUGAGUGUGGCAUUAUCAUAGAAGGCGUAAACACUCCCUACCUUUACUUUGGGAUGUGGAAGACAACAUUUGCUUGGCAUACAGAGGACAUGGAUCUCUACAGUAUCAACUACUUGCAUUUUGGGGAGCCAAAAUCCUGGUAUGCCAUACCUCCAGAACAUGGCAAGAGAUUGGAACGCCUGGCGAAAGGAUUUUUUCCAGGAAGCUCUCAGGGAUGUGAUGCUUUCCUCCGUCACAAGAUGACCCUCAUUUCGCCCUCAAUUUUGAAGAAGUAUGGUAUUCCUUUUGACCGGAUCACCCAGGAAGCUGGAGAGUUUAUGAUUACAUUUCCUUACGGUUACCAUGCUGGCUUCAAUCAUGGCUUCAACUGUGCUGAGUCUACCAACUUUGCCACUUUGCGAUGGAUUGACUAUGGAAAAAUGGCAACCCAAUGUACUUGCCGCAAAGACAUGGUGAAGAUUUCCAUGGAUGUCUUUGUGAGGGUUCUGCAACCAGAACGUUAUGAUUUAUGGAAACAAGGAAAAGACAUUGCUGUCCUGGACCAUAUGAAACCCACAGCUCUGACUAGCCCAGAACUAGAUGCCUGGAAUGAGACGAAGGCAGAGUUGAAGGCUAAAUUGCUUCGCAGGAUAGGAGAUGAGGAAGAGGACAACAAACACCGGUCUCACAGAAAAAGAAGUCAACCCAGAAGACAUAAAACAGAGGAUCAGAAGUCUCUUGGGGAUGUCAUGGCUAUUGAAACUGCCUUGGAAGAUGUGAAAGUAAAAGAGGAGCUGAAAAGAGGGCCAGAUCUAGAGGAAGAGGAGAGAAGCAAAGUGAUUGAGGGAGGAGAAG